AUGGCUAGCAGUCAACUCAAGGAAAAGACAGGGAAGUCGCAGGUGAAGACACUGGGCCACCUGCGUCUGCGAGACUCAGAGACGGACGAGAUUAUCUUGGUCCCUACUCCGUCGUCAGAUCCCCAGGAUCCUCUCAAUUGGCCGAAAUGGUUCAAACUAUACACGGCGGUGGCCGUGUGUUUCGCCAUGAUUCUCUGCAAUUUCCUGGCGGCCGGUCCAACGCUGGCGAUUCUUGAGACCGCAAAGGACUUUUUCCCCGACUGGCAGGAGACCGGCAUGUCUGGCCCCAUUUCGAAGACGGCAUACUUCUUCAACUGCACUGCCCUCUUCCAAGGCUUGGGUAACUUGCUCUGGAUGCCGCUGAUCAACAAGUAUGGCCGCCGACCAGUCUAUGUGACCGCCUUCACCUUGUAUACUAUCACCGCCAUCUGGUGUGCCGUCGCGAAGGGGUAUGCGAACUUCUUGAUAGCGCGGAUCUUCAUGGGUAUCGCAGCUGGCGCUGGUGAGUGUUUGGCACCCGUCACCAUUGCCGACAUCUUCUUUCUACACGAGCGUGGUACCAUCACGGCGCUAUACAACGCCUCGCUGAACCUGGGUGUUGCAAGCGGUGCUAUUAUUGAUGGCUUCAUUGUCAAAUACCACCCAUGGCGCUUUAUCUAUUAUGUGGCUAUUGCUCUGAUCGGCGCGGUCACCCUCAUUGUAUACGUCACCUUCCCCGAGACUGCUUAUAUUCGAGACCUCGCUCCCAGUGACACCGUCACCACCCUGACUGCUUCGGGCGACCGUAUCCGUCGAAGCACUAAGGGUGAGGAGGCCGGCACUUCUUCAAUUCACGAAGUGGUGACUGCGGAGCAGACAAGAAAAAACGGGCCUGGAUGGUUGCAGGGUCUGAAACUGUAUCACGGGAGGUAUACCCACGAGUCUCUCUGGCAAAUGACCAUUCGUCCGGUUGGCCUUUUGAUCCUUCCGCCUGUCUUGUGGGCAACUCUGGUCAUGUCUGUGACAAUUGGCUUCAUCACCGCCAUUACAUCCAACGUCUCAUCGGCUUUCAACACGGCCUAUGGUUUUGAGGCAUGGCAGUCGGGUCUCUGCUUCUUUUCGGCUGUUAUCGGCUGUCUCAUUGGUAUCUUCCUUGGUGGUCACUUCUCCGACUGGGUCGCCGACUACUUCACUCGUCGCAAUGGUGGUAUCCGAGAGCCAGAAUUCCGUCUUCCAGCGAUCAUGAUCGGUGUCAUUACGGGACCUCUUGCAUUGGCUCUGUAUGGCUGUGGUAUCAAUUGGCAGAUGCAUUGGAUCGUUCCUACUAUUGGCAUUGGGUUGAUCAAUUUCACCAUCACCCAAGCUACGAACGUCUCCCUCGUCUACACAAUUGACAGCUAUCGUCCCGUUGCUGGAGAGAUUGUCGUCACGCAGCUGGCUUUCAAGUCGGCCUUCGGUUUCCUGCUGGGUUUCUAUACCAACCCGUGGGUUGACAAGCAUGGUUACAAUGUGGCUUACGGUGAGAUGGCUGCAAUCUGUGGAGGUGUUUUGAUCUGUUGGAUUCCAUUCUUUUUCUGGGGAAAGGUCGUUCGCCAAAAGACUCUGAGCUGGAAAGUUAUGUCUUGGGUGCGGUGGGAUGACGACCGAGAGGUUGGCGAGUAA